CGUCAUCUUUAGGCCAUCAUGAUAUUAUCGAAUAUCUGUUAAAUCAUGAUGCAGAUCCGACAAUUACUUCAAUAAAGAACUUGACACCUUACGACUUAGCAAAGGAUAAAGAAACACGUAAUGUAUUUCGAAGAUAUAUGGCAGAGCAUAUGGAUAAGUGGAACUGGAGCAAUGCUCAUGUUCCUAUUGAAAAAAGCGAAUCUACAUCAUCAGCAUCAAAGAAAAAUGGUUCAUCAAUUUCAGGUAAAUCGUUAGACAGUUCUAGUUCAUUAAUUGGAUUACCAGCUGAAAUGCGUACGAGAAUUGAAAGAGAACGUCGCGCCCGAGCUGCUGAGGUACGAUUAAAUGCUAUGCAAAACAGAGGUACACCCAAACCUUUAACCCUCCCUUCUAUAGGAAAUGUUAUUUGCAAUGUGUGUGAAAAAUCUCUUGUCGGAUUAGUACCUUUUGAAAUUUGUGAAUUGAAAUUUUGUAGCACUGUUUGUGUAAAGAACUAUAGAGAUAGAGAGUCAACAUAG